CCAGUAGUCAGGGCUGCUAGUCCGUCACCCGACCCGAACAUGGCUGCGUCCGGUCUUGUGCUCGCUUCGCUCGUUCUUGUCGCAUCUACGCUCAAACUGCCCUCCUACACACCGGCAUGCAGUCGGAAUGAUCCCAAGCUGAAUGAAUGCGUUGUGAGACACGGCCAGCAAGCUAUUCCUCAGUUCAUUAAUGGUGACCCCAAGUAUCGAGUGCCUCAGCUGGAUCCUCUCACCAUCAACCAGUUGUCGAUACGGCAGGGCACAAACCAGGUGGGAAUCAACCUGCAGGUGCGUGACUGCAAGAUCUACGGCUUACGCCAUGCACAGUUCAUUGCUGCAAGGACGGAUCUGAAGAAGAGGCAUAUCGAGUGGGACUUCAAAAUACCAUCAGUGCAGAUCCGAGGCUUCUACAAUAUCUCAGGCAAAGUGCUCAUCCUUCCCAUCAGUGGGUCGGGCAAGGCCAACAUCACCAUCAAUGAUCUUUCAAUCACAUACAAGUAUGACUGGGAACUUGUCAAGAAAGGAAAUGGAAAACAUUACAUGAAUUUCACCAACAGUGAGCUGCUCUUCGACAAUGGAAGAGCCUUUUUCCAACUGGACAAUCUCUUCAAUGGUGAUAAGCUUCUCGGUGACAACAUGAACUAUUUCCUGAACGAGAACUGGAAGGAGGUGACCAGAGAGCUGGGCCCGGCACUAGGAGAAGCAAUUGGGGAAGUCUUCCGUUUAUUGUUGACUAACAUAGCGGACCUUGUUCCUUACGAGUACAUCUACCCUGACAUUCCUGCCACACCUGAGUGACCUCAACACAUGACUCAGUGAUAAGCAGUCAUCCAGAGACGAUGCAGAGAUAGGUGCAGUGGUAUGUCUAUAGAUUGUGUGACUACAGAUUCCAAAUUUAUCACUGGAAAUCUUACCGAAAAAUUAAUAACUUAUUGUCAAAACAACCUCCAGUACAGACACUAUGCUCUACGGUCUGUAACACAAAUAAGCAUUAUUGACUUGUGUGUGUGUAUAGAACAUAAGGAACAUAGUGUGAUAGACAUAAUCAUAAUUAAUUUGGUUCCAGUAAUAUCAAAUUAUUAACUGUUAAUAGAUCAAAAUCAAAAUAUUGUAAUUAAUUGUGUGCACAUAAAAUACCCUAUUUUAUAUAACUCAGACUGAAAUGGAACAAGUUGUGAUGUCUAUCAAGAUCUUCUUAGCUAGGAAAGUUUCAGUAGAUGAGUUUAGACUCCUACACUGGUUGAGAAAGCGUACUCAGAUGAAGUUCACUUCAAGUACAUUCUCAGCCAGUGUAAGAGACUAAACUCAACUACCAAACUGAAUACUGGAAGGUGACAUAGUAAUUUUAUUCAUUUAUUUGCUUGUUAGCAUUUUACUUCUUGACAUGCCACUGUGGUUAGCAGUUACAGAAAUGAAAACUCAAGGAUAGAAUCGAUAAUAACAAAAUUGCAACUGACAAGAUUUUAGCAAUUUAUUUGUUUAGUAGGUAAUGUUAUAGUUACUUAGUGUUACAACAGUCAUUUAUUUUGACUUUAAUGUGUAGUAUGUAAGUUUUAUUAGGUCCAAAUUAAAACAUGCUGGUUAAAUAAAAUGUAAUGAUGCGUUAGGUUUAAGUAUUGGUUGAUUGAAAUGGUCCAGAUUAUUGAUGUGAUACAUUUUGUUUUGUUGUUUGGUUCAAAAGAACACAACAUAAGCCCAACUUCUGUGUAAAAGGUAACAAACUUGAUCUCGUGUCUUGUUAAGUGUCUAAGUUGACUGGUGUUUUUAGAUAGUUUAUUUUUGUAUGUGUAAGUAAUAAUUUACUUGAAUAAUAACUACAAAUAUAACUGUUU